AUGUCCAAGUCACUUACCAAGAAGGAGGUCUCGGAGUACAAGACCGAGGACAAGGGCCUCUAUAUCAUUGUUGAUGACGGCGUCUACGAUGUCACAAAGUUCAUUGACGAACACCCCGGUGGCGCUAAGAUCCUCAAGCGAAUGGCAGGCAAGGACUCGACGAAACAGUUUUGGAAAUACCACGGCAAGAAUGUGUUGGAGAAGUACGGCCCCAAGCUGAAGGUUGGAACGGUGAAGGAGGAGGCGAAGCUAUGA